AUGACAGGCAGCAAUCCUGUGUCCCCUGCCUCAUCCAGUUCCCCAGCUUCUAGUGGGGCAGGUGGCAUCUCUCCCCAGCACAUAGCUCAAGAUUCCUCUCUGGAUGGACCUCCAGGCCCCCCAGAUGGUGCCACAGUGCCCCUGGAAGGGCUCAGCUUACUCCAGGCUGCUGAUCUGGCUAACAGGGGCCCAAAGUGGGAAAAGAGCCAUGCUGAAAUUGCAGAGCAGGCCAAGCAUGAGGCUGAGAUUGAGACUCGGAUUGCUGAGCUGCGGAAGGAGGGUUUCUGGUCACUGAAGAGGCUGCCUAAGGUACCAGAGCCACCCCGCCCCAAGGGCCACUGGGAUUAUCUGUGUGAAGAGAUGCAGUGGCUCUCUGCUGACUUUGCUCAGGAGCGCCGUUGGAAACGGGGUGUGGCCCGUAAGGUGGUGCGCAUGGUGAUCCGGCACCACGAGGAGCAGCGGCAGAAAGAGGAACGGGCCCGUAGGGAGGAGCAGGCCAAGUUGCGCCGAAUUGCUUCCACCAUGGCCAAGGAUGUCAGGCAGUUCUGGAGCAAUGUGGAGAAGGUGGUACAGUUCAAGCAACAAUCCCGACUUGAGGAAAAGCGCAAAAAAGCUCUGGACCUGCACCUAGACUUCAUUGUGGGGCAAACUGAAAAGUACUCAGAUCUUCUGUCUCAGAGCCUCAACCAGCCGCUAGCCUCCAGCAAAGCGGGCUCUUCCCCUUGCCUCGGCUCUUCCUCAGCUGCCUCCAGUCCUCCACCCCCGGCUUCCCAGCUGGAUGAUGAAGAUGGGGACUUCCAACCCCAAGAGGAAGAGGAAGAGGAUGAUGAGGAGACUAUUGAGGUUGAAGAACAACAGGAAGGCAAUGAUGCAGAGACUCAGAAGCGUGAGAUUGAGCUGCUUCGACAUGAGGGAGAACUGCCACUGGAAGAGCUGCUCCGUUCCCUCCCACCACAGCUGCUGGGAGGCUCUCCCAGCCCCUCUCAAACCCCUUCAUCUCAUGAUAGUGACACCCGAGAUGGGCCUGAAGAAGGUGGUGAAGAAGAAUCCUCUCAGGUGUUGGAGGUAAAGCCCCCACCUUCCUCUGUCAGACAGCAUAACAAGGAGCCUUGGCAUCCAGAUGAAGAUGAUGAAGAGUUUACUGCCAAUGAGGAUGAAGCGGAGGAUGAGGAGGACACCAUAGCAGCUGAGGAGCAGUUGGAAGGGGAUGUGGAUCAUACCAUGGAGCUGAGCGAGUUGGCUCGAGAAGGUGAGCUGUCUGUGGAGGAGCUAUUGCAACAGUAUGCAGGAGCUUAUACCUCUGAUGCUUCUGCCCUGGGCUCUGAGAGCAGUGAAGAGGAAGAGGAAGAUGAAGAUGAGGAGGAUGAGGCAAACAGUUCUGACUGUGAACCAGACAGGGCCACAGAAGCUGAAGAGGCUCCUCAAGAGGACAGUAGCAGUCAGUCAGACUCUGCUGAGGAGCAGAGCGAGGAUGAAGAAAAUGAGCAUUCAGAGGAGGAAGAAACAAGCAGGAGUUCAGAAUCAGACGAAUCUGAGUCUGAUGAGUCUGAGGAUGCCCAAUCACAGAGCCAAGCGGAUGAGGAAGAGGAAGAAGAUGAUGAUUUUGGGGUGGAGUACUUGCUUGCCCGGGAUGAAGAGCGGAGUGAGGCAGAUGGGGGCAGUGGGCCUCCUACCCCAGGGCCCACCACCACUUUAGGCCCUAAGAAAGAAAUUACUGACAUCGCUGCAGCAGCUGAAAGUCUCCAACCUAAGGGUUACACCUUGGCCACUACCCAGGUGAAGACACCUAUCCCCCUGCUUCUGCGAGGUCAGCUCCGGGAGUACCAACACAUUGGGCUGGACUGGCUGGUUACUAUGUAUGAGAAGAAGCUUAAUGGCAUUCUUGCUGAUGAGAUGGGGCUGGGGAAGACAAUCCAGACCAUCUCCCUGCUUGCUCACUUGGCAUGUGAGAAAGGUAACUGGGGUCCCCAUUUAAUCAUUGUUCCUACCAGCGUGAUGUUGAACUGGGAGAUGGAGUUGAAACGUUGGUGCCCCAGCUUUAAAAUCCUAACUUACUAUGGAGCACAGAAAGAGAGGAAGCUCAAGAGACAGGGCUGGACCAAGCCCAAUGCCUUCCAUGUGUGUAUCACGUCUUACAAGCUGGUGCUGCAGGACCACCAGGCCUUCCGCCGCAAGAACUGGCGCUAUCUCAUUCUGGAUGAAGCUCAGAACAUCAAGAACUUCAAGUCACAGCGUUGGCAGUCACUGCUCAACUUCAACAGCCAGAGGCGCCUGCUCCUGACAGGAACUCCCUUGCAGAACAGCCUUAUGGAGCUGUGGUCCUUGAUGCACUUUUUGAUGCCCCAUGUCUUCCAGUCUCAUCGCGAGUUCAAGGAAUGGUUCUCUAACCCCCUCACUGGCAUGAUUGAGGGCAGCCAAGAGUAUAAUGAAGGUCUAGUCAAGCGCCUCCACAAGGUUUUGCGGCCUUUUUUGCUGCGCCGAGUUAAGGUGGAUGUUGAGAAGCAGAUGCCCAAAAAGUAUGAGCAUGUUAUCCGCUGCCGGCUCUCCAAGCGCCAACGCUGUCUCUAUGAUGACUUCAUGGCACAGACCACAACUAAGGAGACACUAGCCACAGGCCAUUUCAUGAGCGUCAUCAACAUCUUGAUGCAGCUUCGAAAAGUCUGCAAUCAUCCAAAUCUGUUUGAUCCUCGACCUGUUACCUCCCCUUUCAUCACCCCAGGCAUCUGCUUCAGCACUGCCUCUCUGGUGCUAAGGGCCACAGAUGUCCAUCCCCUUCAGCGGAUAGAUAUGGGUCGGUUUGACCUUAUUGGCCUGGAGGGUCGUGUCUCUCGAUAUGAGGCUGACACAUUUCUGCCCCGGCACCGCCUCUCUCGUCGGGUACUGCUAGAGGUGGCUACCGCUCCUGACCCCCCACCCCGGCCCAAGCCAGUCAAGAUGAAAGUCAACAGGAUGCUGCAGCCAGUGCCCAAGCAAGAAGGCCGGACAGUGGUGGUGGUGAACAGCCCACGGAUGCCCUUGGGCCCUGUGCCGGUUCGGCCUCUUCCAGUCCCUGAGCUCUCAGCCCAGCCUACCCCCAGCCUGCCCCCCCCAGUGCUGCCAGCACCACUGAUGGUGUCGGCCUCACCUGCUGGGCCCCCACUUAUUCCCGCGUCCCGGCCCCCUGGCCCUGUUCUCUUGCCUCCAUUACAGCCAAGCAGUGGUCCUCUCCCCCAGGUGUUGCCGUCCCCCCUAGGGGUUCUGAGUGGUGGGACCUCACGGCCUCCUACUCCAACUCUGUCCCUGAAGCCGACCCCACCUGCCCCAGUUCGCCUGAGCCCAGCCCCACCUCCAGGCUCCUCUAGCCUGUUAAAGCCCCUGACAGUGCCACCAGGUUACACCUUUCCUCCUAUUGCUGCCACCACCACCUGUACCACCACAGCAGCUGCUACCACCACGGCAGUGCCAGCUCCGAUCCCUGCACCACAGCGCCUCAUCCUGUCUCCCGACAUGCAGGCUCGCCUGCCCUCAGGCGAAGUGGUCAGCAUCGGGCAGUUGGCCUCACUGGCACAACGUCCAGUGGCUAGUGCAGGGGGAAGCAAACCUCUCACCUUCCAAAUCCAGGGCAACAAGCUGACUUUGACUGGUGCCCAGGUGCGCCAGCUUGCUGUGGGGCAGCCCCGCCCGCUGCAAAGGAAUGUGGUGCACCUGGUGUCAGCAGGGGGGCAGCACCACCUCAUCAGCCAGCCUGCCCAUGUGGCCCUCAUCCAGGCUGUGGCCCCGACCCCUGGCCCCACCCCUGUCUCUGUGCUGCCUUCUUCGACCCCCAGCACCACCCCUGCCCCCACUGGCCUCAGCCUUCCGCUUGCUGCUAACCAGGUGCCACCAACCAUGGUGAAUAAUACAGGCGUGGUGAAGAUUGUAGUGAGACAGGCCCCUCGGGAUGGACUGACAGCUGUUCCUUCGUUGGCCCCAGCACCCCGGCCUCCAAGCUCUGGGCUUCCAGCUGUGUUGACACCACGCCCUACAUUAACCCCUGGCCGGUUACCCACACCUCUGGGUACUGCCCGUGGCCCCAUACCCGCGCCCACUCUGGUGAGGCCUCUUCUCAAGCUGGUUCACAGUCCUUCACCUGAAGUCAGUGCUUCAGCACCUGGAGCUGCUCCCUUGACCAUCUCUUCUCCUCUCCAUGUGCCGUCCUCACUCCCUGGGCCAGCCUCUUCUCCAAUGCCAAUUCCCAACUCCUCUCCCCUUGCUAGUCCUGUGUCCUCUACAGUCUCAGUGUCAUCUUCACUCCCCAUCUCUGUCCCCACUACGCUUCCUGUCCCAGCCUCAGCUCCACUCACCAUCCCCAUUUCAGCUCCCUUGCCUAUUACGGCUUCAGGCCCAGCUUUGUUGACCAAUGUGUCCCCAACACUGGCCCCUGUUGUCUCAGUGGCUCCUGGACCUCCGUCUUUGGCACCAGCUGGAGCUUCCCCAUCAGCGUCAACCUUGACUCUGGGUUUGGCCACGUCUCCGUCUCAGACACCUGGUCAUCCUCUGUUGUUGGCUCCCACCUCUUCACAUGUUCCAGGGUUGAACUCAGCCGUGGCCCCAGCAUGCUCACCUGUCCUGGUGCCAGCUUCAGCUCUGGCCAAUCCUUUUCCAGCAGCACCAAAUCCAGCUCAGACUUCCCUUCUGGCUCCAGCACCUUCUGCAUCUCAGGCUCUAGCCACCUCUCUGGCUCCUUUGGCGGCUCCACAGACAGCAAUCCUGGCACCUUCUCCAGCUCCACCUCUGGCUCCUCUUCCAGUUCUGGCACCAUCACCAGGUCCUGCUGCUGUCUUGGCUCCAUCACAGACUCCAGUUCCGGUUGUGGCUCCAUCAUCUACUCCAGGAACCCCUUUAGCCUCAGCGUCUUCAUUGGUGCCAGCCCCAACUCCUGUGUUGUCUCCAUCAACUCAAACUAUGGUACCAGCCCCAGUUCCAUCACCUCUCCCGAGCCCGGCUUCUGCGCAGACACUGGCCUUAGCUCCAGCUUUAGCACCCGCUCUUGGCGGCUCAUCUCCAUCUCAGACACUCUCUUUGGGAACAGGGAACACCCAGGGGCCCUUUUCAACUCAGACAUUGUCAUUGACUCCAGCAUCAUCCCUGGUACAACCUUCAGCCCAGACACUGUCUUUGGCACCAGGACCACCACUGGGUCCAAAUCAGACACUGUCUCUGGCUCCGGCACCCCCUCUGGCUCCAGCUUCUCCAGUGGGCCUGGCUCCAGCUUCUCCAAUGGGCCCAGCCCCAGCUCACACGCUGACUUUGGCUCCGGCAUCAUCAUCUGCUUCACUCCUGGCCCCAGCUUCAGUGCAAACACUUACUUUGAGCCCUGCCCCAGUUCCAGUGCCCACUCUGGGCCCAGCUGCAGCUCAGACCCUGGCAUUGGCACCAGCCUCAACACAGGCCCCAGCUUCCCAGGCAUCUUCCCUUGUGGUUUCGGCAUCUGGCACCACUCCCUUGCCUGUCACCAUGGUAUCCCGGCUGCCUGUUCCCAAGGAUGAGCCUGAGACACUGACAUUGCGCUCUGGUCCCCCCAGCCCUCCCUCCACUGCUGCCUCGUUCAGUGGCCCCCGGCCUCGACGCCAGCCCCCCCCACCACCUCGUUCCCCUUUCUAUCUGGACUCUCUGGAGGAAAAGCGGAAGCGGCAGCGAUCUGAACGCCUGGAACGGAUUUUCCAACUUAGUGAGGCUCAUGGGGCCCUGGCACCCGUGUAUGGGACUGAAGUCCUGGAAUUCUGUACCUUGCCCCAACCUGUUGCCAGCCCCAUCGGCCCUCGUUCUCCUGGCCCCAGCCACCCCACCUUUUGGACUUAUACUGAGGCUGCCCACCGGGCUGUACUGUUACCCCAGCAACGACUAGACCAGCUGUCAGAAAUCAUUGAGAGGUUCAUCUUUGUCAUGCCUCCUGUGGAGGCACCUCCCCCUUCCCUGCAUGCCUGCCACCCACCUCCUUGGCUGGCCCCACGUCAGGCAGCAUUCCAGGAGCAAUUGGCCUGUGAGCUCUGGCCCCGGGCUCGUCCUUUGCAUCGUAUUGUGUGUAACAUGCGCACCCAGUUCCCUGACUUGAGACUCAUCCAGUAUGAUUGUGGAAAGCUGCAAACGUUGGCAGUGCUGUUGCGGCAGCUCAAGGCAGAGGGACACCGGGUGCUCAUCUUCACCCAGAUGACCCGAAUGCUGGAUGUAUUGGAGCAGUUUCUCACCUAUCAUGGCCACCUCUACUUGCGUCUGGACGGGUCUACUAGAGUUGAACAGAGACAGGCCUUGAUGGAACGGUUCAAUGCAGACAAACGCAUAUUCUGCUUCAUCCUUUCAACUCGGAGUGGGGGUGUGGGCGUGAACCUGACAGGAGCAGACACUGUUGUUUUUUAUGACAGCGACUGGAAUCCCACCAUGGAUGCUCAGGCCCAGGAUCGCUGUCACCGAAUUGGGCAGACCCGAGAUGUCCACAUCUAUAGGCUUAUCAGUGAACGGACAGUGGAGGAGAACAUCCUAAAAAAGGCAAAUCAGAAGAGAAUGUUGGGAGACAUGGCCAUUGAGGGAGGCAACUUCACUACAGCCUAUUUUAAACAGCAGACCAUCCGAGAGCUGUUUGAUAUGCCUCUGGAGGAGCCACCUGGCUCAUCUGUACCCCCUGCCCCUGAAGAGGAGGAAGAGACUGUGGCCAGCAAGCAGACCCAUAUUUUGGAGCAGGCAUUGUGUCGGGCAGAAGAUGAAGAGGAUAUCCGUGCGGCCACCCAGGCCAAGGCUGAACAGGUGGCUGAGCUUGCAGAAUUUAAUGAGAAUGAUGGGUUUCUUGCUUGUGAGGGAGAAGAGGCCAGUCGGCCUGGGGCUGAGGAUGAGGAGAUGUCCCGGGCCGAGCAGGAAAUUGCUGCCCUUGUAGAACAGCUGACUCCCAUUGAGCGGUAUGCCAUGAAGUUCCUGGAAGCCUCUCUGGAGGAGGUGAGCCGGGAGGAACUCAAGCAGGCAGAAGAGCAAGUGGAAGCUGCCCGAAAAGACCUGGACCAAGCCAAGGAGGAGGUGUUCCGCCUACCCCAAGAGGAGGAGGAGGGGUCGGGGGCUGGGGAUGAGAUUUCCUGUGGGAGUGGUGGAGGCAGCCACCGGCGCAGUAAGAAGGCCAAGGCCCCUGAGAGGCUGGGGACUCGAGUUAGUGAGCGUCUUCGUGGAGCCCGGGCUGAGACUCAAGGGGCAAACCACACUUCUGUCACAUCCACCCAUCAUACCCGGAGCACCACCACGACCCCCCGCUGCAGCCCUGCCAGGGAGCGAGUUCCCAGGCCAGCACCUAGGCCUCGACCCACUCCAGCUUCAGUUCCUGCUGCAAUUCCUGCCCCAAUCCCUGUACCAACCUCUGUGCCAAUACCCAUUUCAUCCCCAAAUUCAAUAACCAUUCUUCCUGUCCAUAUAUUGCCUUCUCCCCCACCUCCUUCUCUGCAGAUUCCUCCCUCCUAUUCUCCUGCCUCUACUCCUCCUUCCUGUACUCCUCCACCAGCUCAUACUCCACCACCAGCCCAAACCUCUCUCUUAACUCCUUCCUCUCCUCUCUUGCUUGGUCCACCUUCUGUGCCCAUCCCUCCCUCAGUCACCAGCCUCCCCUUGGGAUCGGGGCCUGAGGCAGAACUGUGUGCACAGUCGGCAUCUGCAGAGUCCCUGGAGCUGGCUGGCAUGGCCAGUUCUGAGACCUCCUCACUUACUCUUGUGCCCCCUAAGGAUCUGUUGCCAGUUGCUGUUGAGAUCCUGCCCAUGUCAGAGAAGCACCUUACUCUUACCCCUUCUGCACCUAGUCCAACCCUGGAAGCUGACAGUGUCCCCAACGGUCAAGAGCAGGAAGUACCAGGUCCUGCUGAGGGGACCAUCCUCACAAUGCUGCCUGCUGGUGAGGAGCUAUCCAUGUGUCUGAGUGAGAGCAAUGGGCUGGCGCUCCCAACCUCAGCAACAUCCGAUGAGCCACUUCAGGAGCCAUUGGAGGCUGACAGGAACUCAGAAGAGCUGGUGGGGGCCCACACCCCAACCUGCAGCCCAGAGAAGCCACAGGAAGUUGUUACAGCUGAGGUCGCAGCCCCGUCAACUUCAUCUUCCACCACCUCCUCACCUGAAGGUCCAUCACCUGCCCGACCCCCUCGGCGUCGCACCAGUGCUGAUGUAGAAAUUAGGGGUCAGGGGGCUUGUCGGCCAGGUCAACCUCCAGGCCCCAAAGUGCUUCGCAAACUGCCAGGACGGCUAGUAACUGUGGUAGAGGAAAAGGAACUGGUGAGGCGACGGCGGCAACAGCGAGGAACUGCCAGCACACUAGUGCCUGGAGUCUCUGAGACUAGUGCCAGCCCGGGAAGCCCAUCUACCCGCAGCAUGUCAGGGCCAGAAUCCUCACCUCCCACCAGUGGGGCCUGUGAUGCUGCUCCCCCAUCCUCACUGCCCAGCCCAACCCAGCAGUCCUUCAUAGCUCGUCGCCACAUUGAGCUGGGGGUGACUGGUAGGGGCAGCCCAGAGAAUGGAGAAGGGGCACCGCUUGCCAUCACCCCACCUGCUGUUAAACGACGGAGGGGGAGGCCCCCCAAGAAGAACAAGUCUCCAGUAGAUGCUGGGAGAGGGGUGGAUGAGGCACCUUCAUCUGCCUCUAAGGGAAAAACCAAUGUGGCUGACCCAGUCUCUGGGGCUGAGACUCUAAUUGUUGCAGAGCCUGUCCUGGGACCCCAGCUUAUUCUUGGGCCCCAGCUUCUUGGGCCCCAGCUAGUUCACAGACCCGAGCCCAUCCUGUCACCUGUGGAGAAAAGAAGGCGUGGGCGGCCCCCUAAGGCACGAGAUUUGCCCAUCCCUGGGACCAUUUCCUCUCCAGGGGAUGGCAACUUAGAGAGUCGGACACAGCCACUCCCACUACCACCCCCUUUGCCACCACUCCCACCACUGCUAGCCUGUCCCACUGCUACUGUUGCCAACACUGUUACCACUGUCACCAUUUCAACGUCCCCACCUAAGCGGAAGAGGGGCCGACCUCCUAAGAAUCCACCAUCGCCUCGGCCCAGCCAGCUCCCUGUCUUGGACCGUGACAGCUCUUCUGUCCUUGAGAGCUGUGGAUUGGGGAGGCGGCGGCAACCCCAGGGCCAGGGGGAAAGUGAGGGUAGUUCCUCUGAUGAGGAUGGAAGCCGCCCCCUCACCCGUCUGGCCCGGCUGCGGCUUGAAGCAGAGGGAACACGGGGACGAAAGAGUGAAGGGUCCAUGGUGGUGGCCGUAAUUCAGGAUGACCUGGAUUUAGCAGAUAGUGGGCCAGGCGGGUUAGAAUUGACACCUCCUGUGGUCUCAGCCCCCAAACUGCGUUCGACCCGGCUGCGUCCAGGGUCUCUAGUCCCUCCACUAGAGACUGAGAAGGUGCCUCGCAAGCGGGCAGGGGCCCCAAUUGGUGGGGGUCCUGGGCUGGCAAAGCGGGGCCGCCCACAGCCCCCAAGUCCCUUGGGCCCUGAGGGUUCAGUAGAGGAGUCUGAGGCUGAAGCUUCGGGUGAGGAGGAGGAAGGGGAUGGGACCCCACGCCGCCGGCCUGGACCCCGCAGGCUUAUUGGGACCAUCAACCAAGGGGACCAGCGCAUCCUGCGCAGCAGUGCCCCUCCCCACCUGGCUGGUCCUACCAUUAGUCACAGAGGCCGCAAGGCCAAGACGUGAGUGGACUGCACCUCCACCUGGGCUUUCCAUCACGGCUGCGCUCCUUCCAUGACCAGGCCUGACUCAACCACUACUUGAAGUCUUUUGAGGGGGGAAAGCCUCCAGGGAGACAGGAGCCUUCUCCCUUCUUUCCACCAAAGUAGGGGGUAGGCUGCUGGUUGUCAUGGAAACGGGGCUCAUCACAGUCCUUCCCUUUCACCCCACAUGGCUGGGCAGUGUUAAGGGUGGCAAGAUCGUCUCUGUCCCCACCCCCUUGUACUUGACUCCCCAGCUGUCUUUCAUAGCCCCCCACCCUUAGGGGAAGGGGGAGGGGCUUCUCUACAACGAGGUUUUUUUUUUUUUUUUUUUUCCUUUUUCUUUUUCUUUUUUUUUUUAAGAAGAAAAAAUAAUAAACUUAGUUUCUGUACGAGCAUCCGCGUAAGGAGGCUUCUGAUUUUCUGGUCUGGUGGAGGGUUGGGUGGGAACUGGGGCAUUGUUUUUCUCUUCUCUUUUGCUCUUGGAAAGACCCUAGUACCUGAUCUCUAACUCAGGGUUCUAUACCUUUGAGGCAAAAAUCACCCAUGGAGAGGGAAGAUUGGCAAAUCUGAUCUCCUGCUAGGGUGCCUUUUCCUGUCAC